CACGCUGUGAGAGGAAAGAGGAAGUGGCAGUCUGUCCUCGGGUUACAGCUGUGCGUUGGCUCUAAACUAUGAGACGUUAGCGGCAGGCCGACCUUCGCGGAGCCGCAGACAGCGCAGCUAGCAUGGCGUCCUCCGCCGGCCCGGCCCGGCCCGCUCCGUCCUCCGCGGCCCGGCCGUCACUGCGCCCUCCACUGCCGGCCUCGGCCCACUCCGCGCAGGGCUGCGUUAUGCUGGAGUCCGUGGACGACGCGGAGGGGCUGUACGUGGCCGUGGAGCGCUGCCCUCUGUGCAGCACCUCCCGCCGCAGGCUUACCUGCGCUCGCUGCGUGCAGGCCGGAGACUUCGUGUACUUCGACGGCAGGAACACAGAGAGGUACACUGAGAAGCUAGAGCGGCUGAAGAAGCUGAAGGGGGAGAAGGAGCAGCUGCAGCAGAGCGUCGUGCAGGCCAUGAACAGGAAGCUACUGGCUGACGAGAUGAAAUGGAAGAUCAUGUCGUGUAAGAUGAAGGUGGAGCAGCUAAAGGAGGCGGUCGCCUGGGGCAAUGAGGAGGCGAGGCGCGAUAACGAGCGCCUCUCCAGGUGUCAGGAGGACGUCCAGCGGCUGCAGCGCCGGGCCGUUCGCCACGGUGAGAAACGCGACAAGAUCGAGCGCCACAACCGGCGUCUCGGUGAGCUGAUGGAGAAACGCAGCCGCGACCUGCAGAGCCGACUGAGCCAGCUCGCCGCACUGCGGCGGGAGCACAUCCGCGACCUCACCACCCACAUCUUCCCCAUGCAGGAGGAGAAACUGGGCAGCAGAGACCCCGCGGACGUCCUGGCCGAGUGCGACCCGCUGACCUCGAGCACGGUGAGCGAGCUGGCCGAGGCCCGGAGGACCACCUACCUGUCGGGACGCUGGAUCUGGGACGACCAGAACGGAGAGACGAGCAUCAGCAUCACGGGGCCCCCUGUGGCCCUGCCCAGCAAUGGAGACUGCUCCGCCUACUACAGCUGGGUGGAGGAGAAGAGCACCAAUCAGGGCCCAGAGCUGGACCACAUUAACCCGGCUCACACCAUCAGCGCCGCCCUCUGCUACACCACGCAGCUCGUCACCAUCCUGUCCCACAUGCUGGACGUCAACCUGCCCAAGAAGCUCUGCAACAGCGAGUUCUGCGGAGACAAUCUGAGCCGCUACCGCUUCACCCGAGCUCUGAGCAAGCUCAACACCAACGUGCUCCACCUGUGCUUCUCUCAGCACGUUGACAGCGAGAAGCUCCACCUCCAUCACACCCUGAGGAACAUCGUGUUUCUGGUUGCCCCUGACAACGACAGCCUGGGCAGGACGGGUCCGUUCGAGGUGUGCGCCGACCUGGAGGAGUCCAUGGAGUUCGUGGAGCCGGAGGCGGAGGGGCCGGCGGAGGAGAGCGGAGAUGAAGCGGUGACGGACGACGAGACAGACCUGGGGACGGACUGGGAGACGGUGCCCAGCCCGCGGUUCUGUGAUAUCCCCUCACAGUCCAUGGAUCUUUCCCAGAGUGCCCUGCAGGUCUCGCAGCCGGCCGCCAACACCGGAGGGAUGAUCUCGUCUGCCGCCGCCUCCGUCAGCUCCUGGCUCAGAACCUACACCGGCCAGCGCUGACCCCGUGGAGUCCCAGGCUUGUUUGGAUCUCAGGGGUCAGAGGUCAACAUCAGCGCUUCAGACUCUGAAAAUAGAAACGUGCUGUUUGAGGAGCUGAGAGGUCCUGCUGACGCGUCACUGCUGAUUUGAUUGGUUGAACUUUUUUUCUCCUGCUGUGAGGUCGCAUCGCGGAGCUGCUCAGUCUCUGAUUGGAUGACGUGUUGGGGCGAGGUUGUUACAGUCUGGAGGGGCGGAGCUCUGAAUUUGCAAUAAAAUCUCUGAAGUAAGCUCCACGCUCAGGCGUGGCUCAGUCUCCAGCGUGUCGGCGUCACAGUGACCUGACGUGUCCUUUGUGACCUUUAAGGUUGUGAUGAGAAACUGGAAGCGCUCGCCUUCAGCAGACUGCAGGACGCCACGAGGUCAACAUGCGCUCUGAUUGGAGGGUUUUGCUCCAAGCCUGACUUAUUUUUAUGAAAACACUAUUUUCAGUUGUUCUUGUACAUUUUCAGCCUCAUUCAAAAAAAAAAAAGGUUUCUUCCUGUGGGCGGAGCGUGCGUCAUUGUCUCUUCUGGUUGGCUCCAGUUUAGAAAAUCGAGCUGCCAUCACAGAGCAGCUGGAAUCAAACCUUUGCCCGACGCUGACCUUUGACCUGCUGCUCCUUUCUGACUGGACAGAGAAUGGCUGUCUGUGAUUGGAUCCUGAAACGCAGUUGUCAGCUGACCGAGCCGCCUCACGCUUUGUAGCUCAGCUGGUGACUCUGUGGGAUUGAUGAUGAUGAUGAUGGCGGUUUAUGGACGAACAUGUUUUAUUUGAAGUGUUUCAGUUUGUGUGACGUUUGAAAUAAAAUCCUGUUUUCUGCUUUUUGAA